CUCCCUAUAAACAAUCAUUAGGGUGCACUUCAACAUAAUCAUACGUCAGCGAGAACCUUAUCUUCGAAGUGUCGACCCAUGUUAUCAGUGUGCAAAGUUCUUUUUUUGUCGAGCUGCCAUUCAGAUAUAAAAUGCCGUGCGUGAUUCAUUCAAACUCUAGUAAGAGACUGAUGAAGGGGAAGAUUUUUUUACAGAAAAUUUGUACUAUUUACAUUAUCUGGUGGUUGAAUGUUUUUGAGUUUUUGUUCGUAAAAACAUCCUCGCACGUCCACGCGUAUUCACUCGAAGGAAUACUAGAAAACGGUUGUUAUAUAAGUUGAAAACACAUUAAUAACAAAAUUAUAAUAAAUUUUAAACAAAAAUAUGGAAAUCGUGUUCGAUCAGUGUGUUUAAGCAGUAUCUGAGCAGUAUGUUCAGUUGAAGAGCAGAGUGUAAGUAGUGAAUUAUGGUUAGGUUUCUGUAUUCUUAUUACCAACUUAAAAUACCAAAUUGUCAUUUUGUACAACGAUUUCCAAGAUUGUCUUCGUAGUGAUAGGAAGGACCUUUCAGCGAGUCGUGUGCAUGCCCUGUAAAUCGAGUGCUUAAAUACUUCUUGCCAACUCUAUAAGAUGUACCGGCGUGCCAACAUAUAUUUCGAAUAUUGUCAUGUAUUGAGUCGUUAUCAGUAACUCACGAAAAUAAUCUUUCCCGCUUCCCAGCUGAUUGGUUAUGAUCUCAUCUUAGAAACAGACCUCGUGAAACAAGAAUGCAUUUAAAAAAGUUUCCCUACGCUACCCUUGCUGACGCAACAAGUCUUACGUGACGAUUGUGCACGCGCGUUUACGCCAGCGUAGCAGAGAAAAGCAGUAUUUGUUUUAACAGUUUUUGGAGAAUAAUUUGUAAGUUAUCUAUACAAUCAAAUGUGUGCCUGAAGGACAUGUCAACGAAAUUUAAAUUGUUAAUGUAGCGUUGUAUGUGAUAUGCCCGACGAGGAGGCACAUGUACAAAGAGCGACAAGUGUGACUGAGGAAACACCACUUCUUCUGGGUGAUAAUUAUCUCUGUUCCAAUUGUAAUUGUAAUACAAUGAAGCAUUUCAGCUGGUGUAGAUGUCCCGUUAAACUGGCAGAACGUAAACUAUUUUUUGAUUUAUUGGCUGUACUCUUUGGCAUUGGAGCAUGGAUUGCUGUGAAUGGAAUGUUUGUGCAACUCCCUUUGUUGGUUCAAACACAGCCAGAAGGAUGGGAUUUACCUUCAUACUUAUCUGUAAUUGUUCAGAUUGGAAAUAUAGGACCAAUUUCUUAUAGUAUUUUGCAAAGAAUGAAAAUAAAAGACAGCAUUGUAAUUUAUCUUAUUUUAAUAUGCGGAUGCUUAGCUUUGUUACUUAUGUCUUUCUUUUACAAAAAUACUGUUCUUGUGCACGAUAAAUACUAUAGUGUACCUCUUUUUGUGUUGGCAUUUUUUAUUGCUCUUGUCGGCUGUACUAGUUCUGUAUUGUUCAUGCCAUAUAUGAGUAAUUUUCGAGAUAUAUAUUUAAUAUCUUAUUUUGUGGGAGAAGGUUUGAGUGGCCUCUUGCCCAGUGUUGUAGCUUUAAUUCAAGGAGUUGGUGGAAACCCAACAUGUAUGACCAUAAAUACUGUCAAUGGAACAGAGGUGGUACCAGUAACAGCUCCCCCACGUUUCACCACUGAAUCAUUCUUUAUUUUUCUGUUUGUUACUUUAACAAUAAGUACGUUUGCAUUUUCCCUUAUGAAUAAUUUGCCGUACUGUGUAAGUGAAAGAGUUAACCCCCUUUAUUCUUCAAGGAGAUUCCGAUAUUCUUCUUCCACCAGUGGAGACGGGUCUCCUUGUUCUCAAGGAGAUGAUGAUCUUCAAUUAGAAAAACAAAAUGAGGGAAGAGGAAGUGAAAGAAGUCCUAGUUUUCAAAAUAAUACAGCAGCAGUUUCUGCUCCUUCUUCUAACUAUACUAUGUUGUUAUUAAUUAUAGCUUCUUGGGUGUGCUUCUUGGGAAAUGGUGUUUUCCCAAGUAUACAGUCCUAUUCUUGUCUCCCAUAUGGUAACGUUGCAUAUCACUUAUCAGUCACUCUUGCUAGUAUGGCUAAUCCUUUAGCAUGUUUUGUUGCUUUUUUCAUACCCCAAGCUUCUGUUAAAAGUAUUACUUUCUUGACUGUUUUAAGUUCAGCUGUUGCUGGUUACAUUGCCACUACAGCUUUUACUAGUCCUGUACCUCCUUUGGUUAAUUCAGUUGCUGGGGAAGUGCUUGUGGUGCUUUCAUGGAUUGCAUUUACAGGAUUAAUAACGUUUGUGAAAGUCUCAAUAGCAUCAAUAUUUAGACAAGUAUCGGGCAGAGCUUUGUUUUGGUGCGGAGCAUCGCAACAAAUGGGUUCUGCUGUAGGUGCAGUAAUGAUAUUUUUGUUAAUUAAUGAAACCAAAGUGUUUAAGUCCUAUUCACCAUGUGAAUUUUCAGAUAUUUUUUAGAGAUUUUAUAUAAUUUAUUUGAUUUGAAUUUUAGAAAAAUACGAUUUGCAAAUGUUUGUGAUUAAAAUAUUUUAAUCGGUAUUAUAGUGAAGCAAUACGGCAAGUCACUAAAAAUGUUUUAGCAAACUUCAGAAAAGAUUUGCAAUUACAAAUCUUGAAUUUAUUAAUGAAUGAGGCUUGUACUUGGUAGCUCAGGGAAUGACUGUUGAAUAAGCAGGCUGAAGGUUGUUGUGACGAAUGCAGUUAUCAGUAUUAGGAAUUUAAGAAUAUUCUUAAAAGUUUUAAUAGAAUUAUUUUCAAAAUCUAAUUGAUUGAUGUAAAUGUUUGUUAUUGAACUUGUUUGUUGCACAAUGUUAUAAUAAAAUUAUUUUGUUUUAAAAUGUUGAGAAAUUCAAGAAAUGGAUAAAC